AUGCGUUUGCCAUAUGUACGGACACAUCAGAAACGUGACCUCUGCUUAUGGGUGUGCCCCGCUCCGGGUGCGUCUAAUGUUCAAAGUGAAGCUACAAGUGGCGCCAAUGGCAGCAGUGGCACUGCUCCGAAGCGUGAUUCACAGCUGCUGAAAUGCUCAAUCCGUUCCGCAUUUCGUUCGUUUACUGUUUCUCGAAAGCCCACAAGUAGUCUUCUGUCGUUGCAAUUUAUCAAGGAGCGACGACGCGAUAAAGUCUUCCAUAAGCUUGGGAUGAAGAAAGUUCAGGUGCUUUUUUGGGUGAUGCUGGAGCACGAAUCAAUCAAGUCUCAUCUUAAUAAAUGCUAA